AUGGAGGAACAGAUUUUGCAAAUCUCCAUUGCUGUAGCAUCAGGCCUGAUUAUGAUAAUACAUCAUCGUGAACAUAAGGAUUAUUCUGGUGAAGGAAACGCCUUGCAAAUGGUUCCCUUUUCGAAGGCCUAUAUUUUAAUACCUAUUUCUAGUUGUAGUUAUAAAUUUAUAAUAAUGUUAGUAUCGGAGUACCAGUUGUUUACCGAAUGGUGCAUAGAUCGUAAAGGCAAGAGCAUAAUAACUACUGCUGCCUCGCCACUGAAGCCGAACCAUCGCCUGCACAUAUUCAACUCUUUGCAAGAUGAUAAAUCCGAAAAUCUACCAUUAAAUGAAUUACCGGCAGUUACUAUAAAAAACAAAAUUACCCAGAAUGGAUCGGCAACUUAUAACAUUGUGGAGUCCAAUAAGAAAAAUUUAAAGUCCAUUUCUUCGAUUAAUGAUAAGAUUCCAAGAAAUAGCGGCUCAAGCAUAUUAUGGCCAACACCUAGUGCCACUGUUGAUAAUGCAGAACGCGCAGUUGCUGAAGACGUAUCAAGAGUUGCUAGCAAUAACGAAAUAAUUCAACAAUCUGUCUAUCCCGAUGAACAAAAAAGUGCCCAAGCAUAUCAAAAUGUGGAUAAUAAUAAUGCAACAUAUAAGUUAGAGGAAGAAGAAGAUGAGACUGAUAUAAGUAAUUUAGAUACUCAUCGUUGCUCGUAUCGUGACUUGCUUGAAGAAACGAAAGAACAAUUAAAAAAAUUAGACUCAAAGUUAGAAGCACAACUGAUUGUAAAUGCUGAGCUUAAGCGAUUAUUAGUGGCUUCUAUAGGUGAUGAUAUUGGACUAAAAUUAGAGGAAUUAACGAAAGAUAAAACUGAAUUAGCAAUGCAAAUUGAAGACUACACGAAGCAGAUCGUUGAAGAUCGUGAGAAGUUGGACAAUGCAGCCAUGAAAUGCAAUGUUUGGAGAAGCAAAUACUUGGCUAGCAGGGUGAUGAUUGAACAAUUGAUACAUUGGAAACUUGAAAUGUAUGAUUACUUAACAGAAUAUCACAACGGCAUCAAAAAUAUACUGAAUGACAGAGUGACUUUAGCGAAAGAUCUUUUGAUAUCGAGCAGAAAUCUAGAAAGCAUUCAUCAACACCUUAACAAAGGGAAAGCCAAUCCUGUGUAUUCUAAGGAAAUUCAUAACGAAAAAGAUGUAAUCAAUGUGUGUAAAGAUAAUAAAGAAUUAAUACAGCUGAUAUCAAAUUGUUUAUCGGUUCAACCUGACGUUAAAAGUAACUACCUAGCCAUCACUCCUUCUGACACUGAACAUUCACUGCAACAGAACGUGAAUGGGAAAAUGCGAGAAUUAUUUGUAGCUUGUAAGACCCAACAGAAUUUAAUAUAG